CAAGCCCUUAGCAGUUCUUGGCUUUGCUUAAAUGACAAUGAAGGUCAGGCACCUUAGGCAUCAAUGAAGAAAGAUCAAUCCUUCACGUCAAACUUCCAGCUAAAUCUCCACUAACUUUUGUUUCUUUUCGAGAGGACUCCCCACCUCACCCCCUCCACAGUGAAAGAAUUAUCUCAAGUACACAGAAUGAAAACAUUGCUGCAUUCUCUACCCUGUAAAGACAGAAACCGAAACAGGAACAGAGAGGAUUCUUCCCUUUGCAAGCUGGAAGAAUCAGCACUUUAAGCUUUUCUUCUUUUUUGGGUGGGGAAGAAUGCAAACUGGAAGAGCUGAAGGCUAGACAUGAAUUCCAACUGAAAGCAGAAGAUGGCAAAGAGAUCGGAUUUGAGUCGGAAGCUAUUGGAUGAUCUAAGGAUGCGGAAUGAGGAGAUGACAAUGUCUCAUACUUCAAACUACUCAAAGCAGAUGCAGAGAGGUGGAAACUUCAGAAAACCCAUGCAAGGAUCAAGAUCAGUAAACACACGUGAAACAAUUAGUUCUUCAAUGGGAGACCAGAACAAAAGGUUUGGUACUAGACAUAAUAGGCCACCCCCAAAUGAGGGAGCUUCAAAAGAGAUUGUUCAAGUAGGGAGAGCUCGGAACUCUGAAAAUAUUGGGGAUCUAUCGAUGGCACUUACUUUUGCACUUCAAAAUGGUGGCACUCUAAGAAAUUUGACAUCCUCAGGCAACCCAGUGUUGGGUUACCUGCAUCACAUUAGGAGAUCAGUAGAGUUUGGGCAGAUGGACAACAGCAGUAGCAGCAGCUUAGUUAGCAGUAGACCUUCAAACAGUCGUUCCCCUACUCUCUCUCAUCUCCACAUUAAAGCAAUAUCAAAAGGUGUUCAAAAGUUAAACCAAAUACUUGGGGCCUGCUCCAAUGGCCGUAAUUUUGACAGAUACUCCAUGGAUAUUGGAAAGGAGUUACUAAAAGGAGCCAUGGAAUUGGAUGAGUCACUAAGGAUGCUUAUAAACCUGCAAGAAGCUUCGGAGUAUAAGAUUAGUCCACAGAGAAAACAACGGAUCAGACUGCUCGCGGAUGAAGAUGAUGAAGAAAUCACUAUCGAAGGGAACAAACAUAAGCAAGUGAACCAACCAAAGCUCUCUUUUAAUGGCCCCUCCAGAAGUUAUCCUGAAGAUGCCCCAAAGGUCACAAAGGUCAGCCUCCUAAAACAAAAACCGCUUGCUCUAUCAUACCAUACAGAAUCAGCUCACUUCAGUUCCAAUAACCACACUCCAACCAUGUCAUCCAAUUCAGUCUCUCACAGGAGGGCCAUAAGCUGCAGUCCAGGUUCAAGCACCCUUACUGCAUCAUCAGAACCCAUGAAGCGCUCAAAUUCAUCCAACUCAAAAGCAGGAAAAGAGCGAAUCCCAAAUGUCAUUGCAAAACUGAUGGGACUCGAAGAACUUCCCCCAAACAUAGACCCAAAGAAUGGAGCAGAGAAAGAGAGGGUCUUAAAGCCAGAAAAAGUAAGCAAGAGUGCAAUGCAAACAGAAGGAAGGGUCAAAAAACAAGAAAGGACUCUUAUGAAAUACAAAAGUCCUUCAUCUCAAAGGACCCAAACAGCCAGGCUGCAGGGGUUGCAUGCAAACAUCUAUGCAACUCCAGGCACCAGCCUUGGUCUCGCGGCAGACAAAUUCCUGGUACCUCAGAAUGGCAGCCUCAAAUCCGUGUUUCAUGAAGAAGCACCAAACUUCAGGGGUUCAAAAGAUCUGGAAAAUAUGGACUUCAUAUCAAUCUCAAAGCCUACCAUCAAAAUAAAUAAACUGCAGAUGAAAAUAACUGGAAUUCAACAAGACAAACAAGGAAAGGAGACAAAGCAGGAGAAACCCAAUGCCAGGGAUUGGGAAAUCAUAGAGAGAGGUGUAAACAAUGAAGCAUUCUUCUCAGAUGACUUGCAGAGGAUGGUACCACAAGCAAACAGAAACCAAGAAGCUGCUGACUCUAAGCAAGACAAAGGAGUUGAGAAACAUAUACAUCAUAAAGAAAAGAACAAUGCUGGCAUUUUUCAUAUGUCGAGCAAGUUGAGCAAUCAUCAGAAAGCCCCACACAACAGAGGAUCUCAUCAGCCUCAAGAAUCUCAAUCCCAAGGUGCAAAGCUUCAUCAGGAUGAAAAAAGGAGCCCAAACAGAAAAGGCAAGUUGCAAGUAAACAAUCCCAAGGGAACUGGAGCAUUGUUGAAAAAUUCACUGAAACCGACAGAUGACAUAAGAAAUUUGCAAAAGAAGCUGCCACAAAUGGAUCAUGCCACAGCUAGAGAGCGAAGCUCCAAAGAAGCUUUUAACAAAUUACCAUCUAAAGGAUCUCAAAAUGAAGAUCUCAUCAAUGAUGGAAUCACCACCAACCACAAACUCAACAUUCUCUCACCAGAUGAAAGAUCAGGAGCACAAACAGAUACUGAUGUCAAAAGAGUAAAAAUAUUUACUCCACAGGUGCUUUCAGAGGCUGUGAAUGUACAACCAAGACAAGAGAAAUUGAGUAACAGAGACAUGCUGAAAAGAGUCAACUCCCAAAAGAGAGACGGAAAAGUAGAUGAAGUGGAAACUAGAGAAAAUAGAUCAACCAAUACCAGGAGUCGACCCUUGAAGCAACAGAUUUCAGUUUUACAACAUCUAAAACAGCAGAAGGUAGAAGAGAUCAACAGAUUCAAAAAAGGCGAAAUAAGUAUCAGGAUGUCCAGGGAAGCAAUAGCCAGCAAACCAAUGAAUUUGGUACCGCAGGAAAAGGCUGAACCUAAUUCCACCUUCAACCAUCCCAUAAGAGACAGCUGCCCAAGUCCAAGAGAUAAGGGUGCAACAGCUCCACAAGCUACUACCAAUGACAAAAGGUCAGGAGUUCCAAAUUCUUUACAAGAUCCAGAGCCUAUGCUGGACAAAGAUGAAGCUACGUCAUCCUACCCCAUGUCAGUUCAGCUCAAAGGUCCAUCAAAAGAAGGCAUAUUAGGCAUCAUCAAAUCUUCACAACAGGAGCACCCGAAAACCUUAGGUACACAAAGUUCACUAAUUGAAAAUGAAUAUCAUCUCAAGCAGCUAUUGCUAAGAAGUCCAAUAUUCCUUAAUACAGCAGAGGCACUUCUUGGACUUCUGAUUCCUGUUGACAUACUCCAUGCCAGUGCCCAUAAAUGCAAAGAUGAUGACAGCAUGCUAGUUUUAGACUAUUGCUAUGAAGUGAUGAAAAGAAAAGGCAGAAGAAAAGAACUGACUUUUCACCCUUGUGUAAGGAUAACCAUGGGGUCAGUGAAGCCAAAAGGCUUGGAUGAGUUAGUUACAGAGUUGCAUGAAAACCUAAAAUACUUGAAAUUCUUCAAUCAAGAUAGCAGUGACGGAUACAAGGCCGCCACCUACUUACAUAAAAUGCUUGAAAGAGACAUUCAAAACAAAAAUCCAGACUUGAACUGUAUGUGGGAUUUUGGAUGGAGUGAGACAAUGUUUGCAUGUCCCGAAAAAGAUGAAGUAAUACAGGACGUGGAGAGGUUUGUCGUCAACGGACUCAUAGAUGAGAUUCUUGAAGAUAAUUUUACAAGAAUCACUUUCCAAUAGAGAAACAUAGCAAAGCUGUGAUUAAUCUGUCAGCAGGCCUGGUAUUUAAUCCCAUCGCACAUCAAAGGAGAGUGUUUCCGUGAUCUCAUUUUUGUUUUCAUAUCUGUAUGCACUCUUGUAAAAGGGAGUAAAUGAAUGGGAAGUUAACCUUCUCCAUAA